CCCGGAGGUCUUAUUUUUAUAGAAUAUCAAGAACGAAAUCAUCCAAAAGGCACACGAUGCCAAAAUAAAAAUAAAGAGCGAAAACCCAAAAAGUCGCGCGCAAUUCCUUCUGAAACCUAUCCGCCUCCUACCCCUGACCCUUCCUCUGGUGCUGGCGGGUUCUCGUCCCUGUUUCCCCCACCGCAAGUCCUGGAACCGCACCGCCUAACUCUUCUUGGCGGCCCCGCCCCGGCCAGGCCUAGGCCCCGCCCCGGCCAGGCCUAGGCCCCGCCCCAUUCGCCGUCUAUUGGCUUUUCCUACCCCCUGCCGGUGGGUGACGAGCCUGGAAGCCGGCGGGAUCUAUUGCGCACGCCCAAGGCGCUGGGCCUGGAGCAGGAGAAAGGGAGUGGAGGCGGGUCGCAGACUAUGAAGCGCGGCGUUCGGCGGGAUCCUUUCCGGAAGCGGAAGCUGGGCGGGCGGGCCAAGAAGGUCCGGGAGCCCACGGCGGUUAAUUCUUUUUACCGUGAGGCUUCACUUGUUUCGGUCUGGGCUUCUCUGAGGCUGCGAGAGAUGGUCAGGUCCGGAUCUCGACCGGGCCAGGUGUUAUCUUCAGGAAGGCACACUGGACCUGCUAAAUUAACAAAUGGAAAGAAAGCGACCUAUUUAAGAAAAAUAUCACGUUUUAAUGCAGAUUCUGGCUAUUCCAUCCAUUCUGAUUCAGAAAGUCAGGCGGAAACUGUACACGGGCUUGAUGGUUGUGCUUCUUUGCUGAGGGACAUUUUGAGAAAUGAAGAUUCAGGUUCAGAAACAGCAUAUUUAGAAAACAGAUCUAAUUCUAGACCUUUAGAAAGCAAAAGAUAUGGAUCAAAAAAGAAAAGACGUGAAAAACAUACUAUUCCUUUGGUAGUCCAGAAAGAAACAUCAUCUUCAGAUAAUAAGAAACCGAUACCUAAUGAAGCUUCUGCUAGAAGUGAAAGAGACACAUCAGACCUAGAACAAAAUUGGUCAUUGCAAGAUCAUUAUAGAAUGUAUUCACCCAUAAUAUACCAAGCCCUCUGUGAGCAUGUGCAGACUCAGAUGUCACUGAUGAAUGACUUGACUUCAAAGAACAUCCCUAAUGGAAUUCCUGCUGUACCAUGCCAUGCUUUAUCUCACGCUGAAUCUCAGGCAACUCCUCAUUCUAGUUAUGGCUUAUGUACCUCCACCCCAGUCUGGUCACCUCAGCGGCCACCCUGCCCUCCACAGGUUCAUUCUGAAGUUCAAACUGAUGGUGACAGUCAGUUUGCAUCACAAGGUAAAACAGUUUCUGCAACCUGUACUGAUAUUCUAAGGAAUUCAUUUAAUACCAGUCCUGGAGUUCCAUGUAGUCUGCCCAAAACUGACAUAUCAGCUGUUCCAACAUUGCAGCAACUGGGCUUUGUUAAUGGAAUUCCGCCACAACAAGGAGUUCAUAAGGAAACAGACCUACUAAAAUGUUUUCAAACAUAUUUGUCUCUUUUUCGAUCUCAUGGAAAAGAAACACAUCUGGACAGUCAGACACACCGAAGCCCUACUCAGUCACAACCAGCUUUCUUGGCCACUAAUGAAGAAAAAUGUGCCAGAGAGAAAAUUAGAGAGACCACAAGUGAAAGAAAGGAUUUAAACAUACGUGUGCGAGAUACAAAAACAGUCAAGGAUGUACAGAAGGCAAAAAAUGUGAAUGAGACAGCUGAAAAAGUUAGAAUUAUAAAAUAUUUGUUGGGAGAGCUCAAGGCCCUGGUAGCAGAACAAGAGGAUUCAGAAAUUCAGAGGUUGGUUACAGAAAUGGAGGCAUGUAUAUCUGUACUUCCAGCAGUAAGUGGAAACACAGAUAUUCAAGUUGAGAUAGCACUGGCCAUGCAACCAUUAAGAAGUGAGAAUGCUCAGUUACGAAGGCAGUUGAGAAUUUUGAACCAGCAACUCAGAGAACAAGAGAAAACUCAUAAGCCAUCUGGUGCUGUGGAUUGCAACCUUGAAUUGUUUUCUCUUCAGUCAUUGAAUAUGUCACUGCAAAAUCAAUUGGAGGAGUCACUAAAGAGCCAGGAGUUACUGCAGAGUAAAAAUGAAGAGCUCUUAAAAGUGAUUGAAAAUCAGAAAGAUGAAAACAAAAAAUUUACUAGUAUAUUUAAAGACAAAGAUCAAACUAUACUUGAAAAUAAACAGCAAUAUGAUAUUGAGAUAACAAGAAUAAAAAUUGAAUUGGAGGAAGCCUUAGUCAAUGUGAGGAGCUCCCAGUUUAAGUUAGAAACUGCUGAAAAGGAAAACCAGAUAUUGGGGAUAACGUUACGUCAGCGUGAUGCUGAGGUGACUCGACUAAGAGAAUUAACCAGAACUUUACAGACUAGCAUGGCAAAGCUUCUCUCCGAUCUUAGUGUGGACAGUGCUCGCUGCAAGCCUGGGAAUAAUCUUACCAAAUCACUCUUGAACAUUCAUGAUAAACAACUUCAACAUGUCCCAGCUCCUGCUCACACUUCCAUAAUGAGUUAUCUAAAUAAGUUAGAAACAAAUUACAGUUUUACACAUUCAGAGCCACUGUCUACAAUUAAGAAUGAGGAAACCAUAGAGCCAGACAAACCCUAUGAAAAUGUUCUGUCCUCCAGAAGCCCUCAAAAUAGUAACACUAGGGGCAUGGAGGAAGUAUCUGCACCUGGAAUUAUUUCUGCCCUUUCAAAACAAGAUUCUGAUGAAGGGAGCGAAACUAUGGCUUUAAUAGAAGAUGAGCAUAAUUUGGAUAAUACAAUUUACAUUCCUUUUGCUAGAAGCACUUCUGAAAAGAAAUCACCACUUUCUAAGAGACUGUCCCCUCAGCCACAGAUAAGAGCAGCUACAACACAGCUAGUUAGCAACAGUGGACAUGCUGUCUCUGGAAAAGAAAAUAAACUGUGUACACCUGUAGUCUGUUCCUCUUCAACAAAGGAAGCAGAAGAUGCACCUGAAAAACUUUCCAGAGCAUCUGAUAUGAAGGACACACAGCUCCUCAAUAAAAUAAAGGAAGCAAUUGGUAAGAUCCCUGCCGCCACCAAGGAGCCAGAGGAACAAACUGCAUGUCAUGGCCCAUCAGGUUGUCUUAGCAACAGCCUUCAAGUGAAAGGCAAUACUGUCUGUGACGGUAGUGUUUUCACUUCUGACUUGAUGUCUGACUGGAGCAUCUCUUCAUUUUCAACGUUCACUUCUCGUGAUGAACAAGACUUCAGAAAUGGCCUUGCGGCAUUAGAUGCCAACAUAGCUAGACUCCAGAAGUCUUUAAGGACUGGUCUUCUGGAGAAAUGAAUUCAGAAGAAAACUCUUCGAGUGCUUCUUUUUAAAACUAGAACUUGACUAUAUUGAAUGUGUAUUUUUCUUUAGUGAAAUGAUGUUUUAUAUUAUUAAUUAUGUGUGAAGCAAUACAUUGUACAAGUACUAAUUGUAUUGUUGGGAUAUAUUGACACUGAGGAGCUUAUAAAAACAAGUCAUCUUAAGAAGUUGACAAUUGCUACAAGAAGAAAGUUGUAGAUAACUAGGAAAUUACUGUAAGUAAUGUUUUAUUUCAGUACUUAGCAAUUAGAGUUCUUUUAUUAAGAUGUAUCUGCUGGAUUAAGGGUACAGGUUGAAAUAGUUCUGUGGUUGUCCUAAAAGAUAAUGGGAAAAGAAUCUCUGGAUGUAAGUUUUUCUGUUGAAACUGGAGGUGGGUUUUUUGGGUUUUUUUUUUUUCUGUUUCGGUAUACUUUUUUUUUUUUUAAUAGCAAUGUGUUUUUAUUAAACAUGCUAUGUGCCACAGGCUAGUGUUGUUGGUGAGAUAUAUAAACAUUUAUUUAAAGAGAAAAGUUACCAGUAUCUACACCUCUUAAAAAACAUUGAUUGGUCUAAAAAAUAUAUAGAUAACAUCCUAAGUUAACAUAUGGCUUCUUAAAACUUGGGCACUUUUAUUUGUUCUUAUCCCAAAUUCAUGUUUUAAGGCCUUUAAAGAAUAGUCAGACUGAUAAGUGCUAACAGAUAAGCUAUAGUUUGGGAAGUUUGUGGGUUUUUUAAAAAUAAGAAAUGUUUAUUUUUGUCCUUAUAUUUAAACAUGAUGGAAUUUGUAAAUCUUGGCAUUGAUUGUAAUUCUACCUUUUUGGAACAACUUUUUUUCCAGCAUGUUAGCUGAGAAUAUUCUCUAUUCUAUAAAUAAUAUGAAGUAGAUUGGUCUCUCUGCUUCUCUAUACCACGACUUCUUAGCUCAGUAUCAUCUCCCUUCACGUAAGCAGCACAUUUUAACUCUUAGGAAGCUGAAUGUUGUGUUAUCACUAAUACUUUGUACACGUCACCUGCCUACUCUAAUUGUCUUUAGUACUUGGACAGGUUUUAUCAUUAAAGAGUGUUCUCCUAGGCCCAGAACCUCCUCGUGUUUUUUUGUUUUGGUUUUUUUUUUUCAGGUGUUAGUGCUACAGCGUUUGAAGGACCCAGCUGUAGUCUCUUUGAUAUGUUCAGAUUUUCCAGAUAGAGAUUUAAGUCUAAAAAGUUAUUAAGUGAAUUCUAAACUAUUUCACAUAAGAGUCUAUUAGCAUCUUCAAUUUUCUUUAGUAUUCAUGAAUUAAUUUAUUGGCAUCUUAUUUUGAGGUAAUAGGCCACAACUCUUUAAAAAAUAAGUUCAGGAAUAAAAAAUAAUAA